GCCUGCUUUCCCAAGGCGUUGGAACACUUGGUGCGAACCGACGGCCGUGUGGGGAGCCGUCGGGCCUGCGUGGGCUUCUCACUUCCCCUCCCCAACGGCCGCGCGUGCAGGUGCCACGCCAAGUCCCGCAGGCGGGGCGGACCCUGUGGACACGCCCCCGCGGCGAGUCCCUGAUGCCCCGCGAGAGGAAGCGUCAGAGUCACAGCUGUCCUGCAACGAGCCGGGCUCCCCUCCCUCCCCCCGCCAGGGACGCCGCCCGCCGCGAUUGCGGGCACCGGGCACCGGGCGCCGACCGGCCGGGGAUGCGAACUGUGCCCGCGGCGGCAUGGCAGCCUCAGGGGGUGCCCGAGGAUGUGGAGGAUGUGACAUUCUCAUCUUCUACAGCAGGGAUGCUGAGGAAUGGUGCCAGUACCUACAGGACCUUUUCCUGUCCUGCAGGCAGGUCAGCAGUCAGAAGAUGCUGACGCACCGGCUGGGACUAGACAGUUCCUUCUCGGCUGAGGAUCUGCGGGUCUUCCGCGGCGCGCGCUGCGUGCUAGUGCUGCUGUCAGCCGAGCUGGUGCAGUGCUUCUGCCAGCCCGGCCUGCUGCCACUGCUGCAGCGCGCCUUCCACCCACCGCAGCGCGUGGUGCGGCUGCUUUGCGGGGUGCAGGCCAGCGACGACGACUUCCAGGCCUUCUUUCCGGACUGGGCCCAGUGGCAGGAGCUCACCUGUGACGACGAGCCCGAGACUUACCUGGCCGCAGUGAAGAAGGUCAUUUCUGAAGAUUCUGGCUGUGACUCAGUAACCGACACGGAGCCUGAGGACGAGAGAGCCCUUCCUUACUCGAAGCAGCCGAACCCACCACUGGAGACAUCGUCUGGGAACCUGAUGGUGGUGCAGCCAGACCGUGUUCGCUGUGGGGCAGAAACCACUGUGUACAUCAUUGUGAGAUGCAAGCUGGAUGAGAAGGUGUCCACAGAAGCAGAGUUUUCUCCUGAGAAUGCACCCUCUAUCAGGGUGGAAGGCACACUGGAGAAUGAGUAUACAGUUUCCGUGAAGGCUCCAGACCUUUCAUCUGGGAAUGUUUGUCUGAAGAUAUAUUCUGGGGACUUGGUAGUGUGUGAAACCAUCAUCAGCUAUUAUACUGACAUGGAGGAAAUUGGGAACUUACUGUCCAAUGCCGCAAAUCCCGUGGAGUUCAUGUGUCAGGCCUUUAAAAUUGUACCCUACAACACAGAGACUCUUGACAAACUGCUAACAGAGUCCCUUAAGAACAACAUCCCUGCAAGCGGACUGCACCUCUUUGGGAUCAACCAACUGGAAGAAGAAGAUAUGAUGACAAAUCAGAGGGAUGAAGAGCUACCUACCUUGUUGCACUUUGCUGCAAAGUAUGGAUUGAAGAACCUCACUGCCUUGUUGCUCACCUGUCCAGGGGCCCUCCAGGCAUAUAGUGUGGCCAACAAGCAUGGCCACUAUCCUAACACCAUUGCUGAGAAGCAUGGCUUCCGGGACCUGAGGCAGUUCAUCGACGAGUAUGUGGAGACAGUGGACAUGCUGAAGAGCCACAUUAAAGAGGAACUGAUGCAAGGUGAGGAGGCCGACGCUGUGUAUGAAUCCAUGGCCCAUCUGUCCACAGACCUGCUCAUGAAAUGCUCGCUCAACCCCGGCUGUGACGAGGAGCUGUAUGAGUCUAUGGCUGCCUUCGUUCCAGCGGCCACAGAAGACCUUUAUGUUGAAAUGCUUCAGGCCAGUACAGGGAUCCCAGUCUCUGGAGAAAUUUUUUCUCGUCCCACGAAGGACUCUAUGAUCCGCAAGUUUUUAGAAGGCAGCAGUGUGGACACAACCAAUUUGGGGAGAGAGCAGAACCAUCUUGAUAGAGAAGAUGUAUAUCGCACGGUGGAUGAUGAAGAGGCCUUUCCCUUGGACCUGGCCAGCAGACCUCCUGUCCCUGUGCCCAGGCCAGAGGCCACUACUCCUGGUGCUCAUCACCUGCCUGACAAUGAGCCAUACAUUUCUAAAGUUUUUGCAGAAAGAAGUCAAGAGCGGCCUGAGAAUUUCUAUAUUUCUUCAGAGAGUAUCAGAAAAGAGCCACCCGUGAGGCCAUGGAGGGACAGGCCCCCAUCAAGUAUCUAUGAUCCGUUUGCUGGGAUGAAAACGCCAGGCCAGCGGCAGCUCAUUACCCUGCAGGAGCAGGUGAAGCUGGGCAUCGUCAAUGUGGAUGAGGCUGUGCUGCACUUCAAAGAGUGGCAACUCAAUCAGAAGAAACGAUCCGAGUCCUUUCGCUUCCAGCAGGAAAAUCUUAAGAGGCUAAGAGACAGCAUCACUCGAAGACAGCGAGAAAAGCAAAAAUCAGGAAAGCAAACAGACCUGGAGAUCACAGUCCCAAUCCGGCACUCACAGCACCUGCCUGGGAAAGUGGAGUUUGGAGUAUAUGAGAGCGGCCCCAGGAAGAGUGUUUUCCCUGCUAGGAUGGAGCUCCGACGUGGCGACUGGAAGACUGACAGCAUGUCCAGCACAGCCAGCAGCAUGAGUAACCGAUCAAGUACACGGAGCCUCCUCAGCGUGAGCAGUGGAAUGGAGGGUGACAAUGAGGAUAAUGAAGUCCCCGAAGUUACCAGAAGUCGCAGUCCAGGUCCCACCCAAGUGGAUGGAACACCAGCCAUGAUCCUAGAGAGGCCACCCAGGGUACCUCCCCGAGCUGCCUCACAGAGGCCUCCAAUCCGUGAGACCUUCCACCCUCCUCCACCAGUUCCACCUAGAGGUCGCUGAUUCCAACUCCUAAAUCCUGCUUACUUCAGGACUUUUAAGACUUGCAGUUUGCAGCCUGUUAAUGAAGUCUUCAUGUUGAGUUUUCUGCAUGACUACUGACCUUGAGACCCAAUGUCAUUGCUGAUGUUGCAGCCCUGCUGGUUGGGGUGAUUUUUAAAGACAUUAUUAAGGCAUGAAGACGUCAGAAACCAAGGACUUUGUUCACCAUUGCCAAGUAUAUUGGUCCACAUUCUUGUUUACCAAAAGGAUGUGAACUUUAUCAGGAUACUUACCUCUAAUUUCCUACAGCAGAAAUCUAAUGAGAUGGAUCCGAAUGUACGUUAACAAGUGAUUAUACAGCAGUACACUUUUGUUAGUCCUUAGAUGUUUGCUAGUCUAGACUAAUUUCUCGAAGUGAUUAUAACACAUACAGUAUUCAAAUGAGAAGAUAAGUGACCUAAUUUUGAAAUAAUUCUUCCACAUUUCUGUGUAUUCUGUUUCAGUGCUGGGGCUUGUCACAUACAACAAACUGAAAAGGAUUUUAGGAAGGGAUUAGGCCAAACACCUUUUACAUACGAGACAAAUCGGGUUUUUCCACAAGCAUGGAACUCAGAGAAUUCAGUUAGAAGCUAGGCUUGCUGAUUCUGUGUCACUUUUUCUCUUGCAUGUGUGUGUGUGUGUGUGUGUGUAUGAUGAUUGUGUGUUUACAUGCUUGUUUGUGCACAUAUGUGAGGCUGUGGUUGAGAGUCUUCCUCGACCACUCUCCACCUUAUCCACUGAGGCAGGGUCUCUUGGUUGGACCCAGAACU